CCAUCCCACAACAUUGCUCAUUCCUAACCAGAAUUCCACCACCAUCUUCUCAAGACUACAACUUAAAGCUUUACCAGAAAAUGGAGGGUCAGAGAACACAACGGCGGGGUUACUUGAAAGAAAAGGCUACAGUCUCCAACCUUGUUGAAGAAGAAAUGGAGAAUGGCAUGGAUGGAGAAGAGGAGGAUGGAGGAGACGAAGACAAAAGGAAGAGGAUGAUGGAAAGAGUUAGAGGUCCUAGCACUGACCGUAUUCCAUCGCGACUGUGCCAGGUCGAUAGGUGCACUGCUAAUUUGACUGAGGCCAAGCAGUAUUACCGCAGACACAGAGUCUGUGAAGUUCAUGCAAAGGCAUCUGCUGCGACUGUUGCAGGCGUCAGGCAACGCUUUUGUCAACAAUGCAGCAGGUUUCAUGAGCUACCAGAGUUUGAUGAAGCUAAAAGAAGUUGCAGGAGGCGCUUAGCUGGACACAAUGAGAGGAGGAGGAAGAUUUCUGGUGACAGUUUUGGAGAAGGGUCAAGCAAGAGAGGGUUUAGCGGUCAACUGAUCCAGACUCAAGAAAGAAUCAGGGUAGACAUGAAACUUCCUAUGACCAACUCAUCAUUCAAGCGACCACAGAUCAGAUAAACCCUCCCGCUCUCUCUCUUCUGUCAUCUACAUAUGCUCUAUCUACACCCUUGUUAUCCAUGUAAUGGCAUCUAACCAUGUCAAGAAAAGUUGGUGUAUUGAAUCCUACACGGAUAACUAUAAACCUCUAGUACCCUCUAUGUUGUCCUGUAAUAGAUGUGUAUCUGAAAAUGUAAAAGACGUUGGCAUAGUCUUUUGUCUAAUAAUGUUUAGUGAUUUUG